AUUUUUACUAUUAAAUAGAACAUUACCUACAACGAGUGUCCGUAUAUCCCUAGUGAAGCCAUUCCAACUGCGACGUUACGUCACACUUGUGUCAUCGUAUUCGAACGGCCGCGCGGCCCUCGCAUCGCAGUACAUACUCAAAGUCACAUCUGUCUGUGUACGCGUCCCGGUUAAAAAUUAAUAAAAGACAGGAAAGAUGGUUGUUUGUGCGGUGAAUGGGUGUCAUAACUCAUCAUUGAAUAAAAACAAAUCGCCUUAUAUUACAUUUCACGCAUUUCCUCAUGAUCCGACAAUUGCUGCUCGUUGGACGAAGCUGGUGAGACUUAACCGUAACGACAUCUGUUGGAAGCCCACCAAACACAGCAGAAUAUGUUCCUUACAUUUCGAUGACAAAAGCAAGUAUAUUACCAGCAAGGGAUUGGUCCGAAUAGUAAAGGGCACGGUUCCUAAUAAGAAUAUAUCUAUUUCUAUUGAUAGUGAGGAGUUCUUCAAAAAUGAGGAGAAAGAGCAGUAUGUGCAGCCUUUGCCUGGCCCGAAUAGGAUUCCGACCUCGCAAAUCUCGGAUACCCACUUGUCAUCCAAGGAGCCACAAGACCCUCUAAGCAGAGGCACUAUAGAGCAAUGUCGCUUCUGUAGCGAAUUCAGCAAAGAAUGCAGCUCCGUAUCCAACAAGCCGUAUCUGGCUAUCAACCGGACAACACUCGCUUUUAACGACGUCAUCGUACAGUUAGACUUCAAUGACGAAUCCUUACCUAAGACUGUCUGCCGAGACUGUGAUGCGAAACUCCAAGAAAUGUACCAUUUUGUUAAAGACAUCAAACGCGCACAGAACUCGCUUAUCAAUAUUGAAAAAGAACAUACAACACAAGUCAAUAUAGAACUAGAAGAUACUAGCCAGGAAUUUGAAACGUUAGUUGUCAAAACUGAAUAUGAAGAAGAUACUAAUGACGAGAAAGAUGAUCGCCAUGACGGUGAUUAUGCCAGUGAGGAUAAUGACUAUGAAAAUAAAGAGGGAAUAGUAGAUCCUUUAACAGUGGGUGAAACUGUAUUUAUUAAAGAAGCUGCAGUAACUCAAAAAAGAAAAAGUAACACAGCAAGUGCUAACCAGUCGAAGAAAGCCAAAGUUGCUGAAUAUGAAACAGAAAAUGAGAAUAGCGAAUUCAUAAUUGAUAUAAAAGAGGAAAUUAUAGAGAGAUGUGAUAAAAAUGAUGAUGCAAAUAAUACAAGAAGUUCUGUUAGUGACCCAGGAACUGAUGUUAAACCUAGUGAGGUAGAACUUGCGACUAGUGCUUUAGUUUAUAAAAUGAAAAGUGAUGAAACUAGUGGAUUAAGUUAGGGAUAUAGUUAAAAACAUUAUUUAUAUACAAAUAUCACUACUUUGUGUGUUACGAUGAUUUAUUGAUUUUGGCCAAAUAAUAAAAUAAUAACGAAUUUGAUGUAUGUUUAGCGGCCGGCAGGAGCAUACAGUCUUGCCUAGCGUGGGGGAUACGCUUCCCUUGUCUUAAUUGUUUUAUAGAAUUGCUGAAAUAAGGUAUCUCUCAAGCAUUGCAAAAUUAAUUCCCUUGCUGUUUUCUGGUCCUACAUGAUAUAAUUAACCUUUUUUUUCAUACUUUAAACACAAUUAUUUUUAUAUGAAAAAACCGGAUUGAUAAGAAAUUUUUCUGUCCAACUAUAAUUUCUUCAAGAAAUGGGACAGUUAUUAUGAAUUCAUAAGACAAUCUUGUUGAACUGUGAAUUAUUAAGUAAACUAACGCUUCAUAUAAAUAAACGAAAGUUAAUUAUAACCCAUAGCACAGCCGGGCUAGCACAUGAUUGGCGCGAAAGUAUAUCACGAUAGGCUACCCGUCCCUCUUUAAUUAACAUAGUUAGAAAAAGACGAGUAGUCUAUCUCGCCGCGAGAUACUAUCGCGCAAAUCUUGUGCUAGGCCUAGGGGGUCCCUAAGCUAAUACAGACUUGCACUAUAUGACCAAUUUCCCCAAACGGCGUGCCCAAGAUUGUUUGAAUAAUUCUCAAUUACUAAAAUGACAUCUAUCACCAUAGCAUAAGGUUUUCUGUAGUAUUGGUGGGAGGGUUCUCUAAAUCAUUGCCGAAAGUUAUAUUACCGAAUGUCGUUUCGCAACCAAUUAAUUAUUCGCAUGAUUUUAUUUUGCCGAAUGAUCAAGUGGCAACUCAACACAAUAAUUCGUUUGAUUUCCCAACCUAACUAUUAGCAACUGUAUGUUUGGCUAACAACACCAAAACGACUCUUUUUAAAGCACAACGUUUUAGGUACGUAGCCGAAUCACUCUGUAAGUCAAAUACAAAAUAUUAGACGUUUAUUUUUGUAAUUUAACAUCGUACGAUGCAAAAAAAUAUAGGUUCUGGCGCUCGCCGGCUGCUACCGCAGUAUGCCCGCUUUACUCGCUCAGCUUCGCGCGGUUUGGUCGCAGUUUGUCAAAUGACUAGGCGUUAUUUUGUAUUCAUAAAUAUUUGGUCAAUUGAAUUAUUUGGCGAGUGAAAUGUAUUCCAAAUGAUGUAUAUAAUAAUAAUCUACUUAAAAAUAAUUCUACCAAAAUAAAACAUUACCAUAAGAAAAACUUGCCGAAUGUUGGUUGCCAAAGUAAAUCAUCUGCGAAAGAUUGGUUGGCAAGUGAGAUUCGGAUAAUAAAACUUCGGCGAAAAGGCAGAACAUCAGUUGGGGCUUGACUAAAUUGUCGGGUGAACGUAAUUGCACAUUGAUUUUGCGGUUGCGGCACACCUAAUAUAGAAAACAUUCUGAUUUAAAGACUAAUGGCGAUAUUCAUAAUCUUCUGUCAAAUCGAACAAACCGUUAAUAAUCGUUUAUCAUUGUCUGUCAGUUUGAAA